AUGAAAACCACCCACCAUUUUAUCUUGAUCGGCGUUGCUGUGCUAUUUCUUAGCUCCCAUCACCAUACAUCAUUUGCCGCUGUAGCCCCCAGUAGUAGUGUGACGCAUCAUACCAGUGGAGGUUUCCAAUGCCCCCAACUCACUCACGUACAAGCAUGCGACAAAGAAAAAGAUCAAGAAGAACAAAAAUGUACAUUUGAGCUUCUAGGCUAUAAGCUCUCCGAUGGCAAUGAGAAAGUUAUUAAGCAUACAUGUGCUCUUCCUUCAAAGCGCACUCAAUGCAAGGAAUUUCAAGAGGAGAGUGAUUGUUUGAACGCUCAAUGUUCAUGGACGAGUAUUGUAUCUCAGCCUACCAAAGGUGCAAAACAUAGCACUGAACUCAAAAUCGAAAAGAGCUUUUGUGAUAAAGAGGUGAUGUGCACAGCAUUCAAAACCAAGGGGGCUUGUGAACAAGAGCCGCAUUGUUUAUGGGAUAAGGGUGGUGUCAGCACAAGCGGUGUCACAUUGUUACCAGGAUGUCUACGAAGGAUGCCUGGUGAUAGGGGUGAAGAGGAUGAGCAAGAAGAGGAAGAGGAAGAAGCAAUACCGAUUCAGAAAGCAACAAGUGAUAAGUUUGGUCACGAUGUGCCUUUGGGUAAUCACGAACCAUUAAAACAACUUUGA